CGCUUUGUCUGGUGAGUCUCUGCUUUUAAAUUGCCUCCGAGCUCCAACCUGUACAACUUCUUCUUCUUCUUCUCUCUCUCUCUCUCUGCCUGAAACCAAGAUUUCCUCCGAAUUCUCCGAUUAUCAGCUAUGCAGUCUCGGACGCGGACGGUUCAAGUAAACCAUGUUUCGGAUCUAGCUACUGAGAGAGAGAUUCACGAGUUCUUCUCCUUCUCUGGCGAAAUUGAGCACAUAGAGAUCCAGUGUGAACAUGGGCAAUCAAAGACUGCGUUCGUGACAUUUAGAGAUCCAAAAGCUCUUGAAAUCGCCUUAUUGUUAUCGGGAGCUACAAUUGUAGACCAGAUUGUGAGCAUAUCUCCUGCUGAAAACCAUGUACCAAAACGAGAAAUUCAGGAAGUACGGGUUGUGGACAAUGCUGCCUGCCUUACUACAGAAAAUAAUUUGCCCAGUAAUGAGGAUUCUGCGAGCCAGCCUAGCGGUGGAAGAAUGUAUGUUAAUAGAGCACAAGAAGUAGUUGCAAGUGUGCUUGCUAAAGGUUCAGCAAUUGGACAAGAUGCCAUGAACAAGGCGAAAGCAUUUGACGAAAAACAUCGGUUAACAGCUAGUGCAUCUGAGAAGGUAUUAUCCUUUGACAGAAGGGUUGGGCUCACAGAGAAAUUGACAGUUGGGAUUUCAGUGGUUAACGAGAAAGUCAAGUCUGUAGAUCAAAGGCUUCAUGUUUCAGAUAAAACAAUGGCUGCAAUCUUCGCAGCUGAGAGGAAACUAAAUGAUACAGGAUCUGCGGUCAAAACAAGCAAGUAUGUGACUGCGGGUGCUGCUUGGCUAAAUGGUGCUUUCGGAAAGGUUGCAAAAGCGGGGCAGGCUGCAGGUUCUAAAACCAGAGAGAAAUUCCAUUUGGCUAUGUCAAACUUAACUUCAAAGGAACCUCCAGUUGUUGCCUAACCUUAGAACUUGGGCUUCUGGAAAGUCAUUUGCCUUUGGCUGCUUUGCUUGCAUUUUCAAUGGGUUUCAAUUCUAUUUUCUUCAGCUCAUUUAAUUUUGAGGACUCUGCUGAUGAUCUAUUGUUUGUUUUUGUUGUCUUUAGUAAUUAUUUAUUUAUUUUAUUUUAAUAUUGUUCAUAUUCUUUAAUUACAAGGGUGUCUGGCUGUUGACAAUUUUGCAUUUCUAAGAUUGGUUAUGAAAGUGUAAAGAAAAUCUAGUUGCCAAUUAUGUCUUAUUUUAAUAUUGUUCAUA